CUUGAUCACGUCUUUCAAUCGUUCGCAAAGCCUAAGAGUACUCUCUGCUUAGCUCUUUGCCUAUAUUCUUACAGGGAAACAAGUCAGCAUGAGUGCGUUUGGUCAGGGCAAUAACUUUUUUGCUGGAGGUGGCGCGCCUGCAGCAUCAGGCAGUGGUACCCCAAGUUCUUUCGGUGCAACGAAACCGAACGCCUUCGGAGGUGCCUCAACGAAUGCUUCUACAGCUCCUGCUAGUGGCAGCCUGUUUGGAAGCGGAAGUACGAAUACUACGACCACGGCGCCUGCCGGUGGGAGUGCUUUCAGUCUCCCUCAGUCAGCUGGGAGCAGCACGACGGCGACCCAACCAACUUCAACCUUCUUCAGCCAACCAGCUGCAUCUAGUGGGACUGCCGGAGGAGGACUGUUUGGAUCCACACCGAAACCAGCUGGGGACACGUCCGCUGCACCGAAACUGAGCGCCUUUGGAGGAGGUGGUGCUGGUCUAUUUGGGAACAACACGUCUGCUGCCACUACUGCUUCAGCUCCUGCUACCUCUGGUGGUGGGCCAGCGCCAAGCGCCACACCAACACCCAACGCCUUUGGUGCGAGCCUAUUUAACAAACCCGCAGGAACCGCUAGCGCUGCCUCUGCUGCUACUUCGCCUCUUGUCCCCCCUCCUGCAGGUACAUUUACUGACUCCAAUGCACCAAAACCCAACCUUUUCGGCAACAGCUUGUUUGGUCAGACACCUGCCCCCACCAAUGCUUCGGCAGCGUCAUCAUCUACGCCUGGUGCUUCAACAUCUACCACACAGCCUACCGCUUCGGGCAGCGGUCUUCUGAAGCCAGGCCUUUUUGGUAAUACUGCAACAGCGACUUCAACAACAGCAUCAACCUCAACGCCUGCGUCAGCGUCGGCCACUACUUCUGCUGGUGGCUUAUUUGGUGCUAAACCUGCCGACAAGAAAGAAGGUGCCCCAGCCGCAUCUGCCUUUAGUUUACCGGGUUCAAAACCUGAUGAGAAGAAGGACGUGCCUGCCGCGUCAUCCUUUGGCUUAGGUGCGAAGCCCGCCGAAAAAGAAUGUGACAAACCUUCAGGACUCACUCCCAGCACGUCAACUGCACCCGUCGCGGUGGAGCCACCUUCCAUGCUUAGGGGAAAAACUAUCGAAGAGAUCGUCAACAAAUGGUCAACGGAUCUCGAGACACAUGUUCGCGAAUUUAACAAAUUUGCCGGGGAGGUCGCCGUCUGGGAUCGAGCUCUUAUAGAAAAUGGGAACAACUUGGCAGCUCUGUACGGUCACGUCCUGGCUGCGGAGCGAGAACAGAAUGAAGUGAACCAAUCACUCGAUCACAUAGAACAGCAGCAAAGAGAUCUUGCUGCGACAUUGGAUGCGUAUGAAAAAACUGCCCAAGAGAUAUUUGGCGGACAAGGGGCAAAUCUCAGGUCUAUUGAUAAAGGCCCAGCUGACAUGGAACGGGAUAAGAAUUACAUGUUGGCCACGGACCUACAAACCAAUCUCGACGAUCUCUCGGGAUCGCUGACACAAAUCAUCGAAUCGGUUAAUUCUUUGUCGUUACCCUCAGACAACUCAUCUCAGGAUCCGAUGACUCAGAUAACCCAGAUUCUAAGCAGCCAUUUGGAGAGCCUGCAAUGGAUCGAUAACGCUGUAAAGGAAGUCGAUACGAAGGUUACGGAGGUUGAAAAGAAGGUCCGAGAGUCCGGUCAUGGAUCUUCUCUCAACAGCAAUACCAACUACAAGUCAAGGGGCUUUAGUCUUCGAUAAACUUUACAUGAGGAGUCAUGGUCAUUGCUGUAUAAAACAUAUGUCUCUCUAUGAUAAUAGCAAAGCGUAUGUUACAUAAUAAAGUCUAAUAGGUUACAAGACGCUGUAUCUUCCCAUCGUGGCAGUAGGAUUGCGCAUCUCUGCCUGUAACGCAGCUGCAGAUGCUUCGAUGAGCAACCGCUUGAUUUCUCUCACGGCUUGU